AUGGUGGUGUCAAAUCAAUAUGACGGUUACUACAACACAAGUGUUGAAGAAGGUUACAUUCGAGGAGAGUAUGAAAAUGGAGCAGCAGAAUUGCAUUACCAACAAGUGCAGUAUCCAGAAGGUGUAGCAACAAGAGUUAGUAUGCGAACAGUCGAAUAUACACAACCUCCACAACCUCCACCUCCUCAAACAACUUCACAUCUUGUAAUUACGAAUACUUAUACACCAAACUAUAAUGU